AUGUAUGACGAGCGGACCUUCAUAAUGGUCAAACCGGAUGGCGUCCAUAGAGGGCUGGUUGGGGAAGUAAUUAAACGUUUUGAAAAUCGUGGCUACAAGCUUGUAGCACUAAAAUUAGUCAAGCCGUCUGAAGCGUUGCUCAAAGAGCAUUACUCCGCUCUCUGCGAUCUUCCGUUCUUUCCAAAGCUCAUCCAUUACAUGUCCUCGGGACCAGUCGUUCCUAUGGUCGUUAAGAGUGGCCGCAAGAUGCUUGGUGAAACCAAGCCACUUGAAAGUGCCCCUGGCACUAUACGUGGCGACUUUUGUCAGGUUGUUGGCCGAAAUGCCGUCCAUGGGAGUGACAGCGUCGAGAGUGCAGAGAGGGAGAUCAGCUUGUGGUUCAAACCGGAAGACCUUGUUGCCUGGACUCAGUGUCAGGCCCAAUGGAUUCAAGAAUAG